AUGAUCUCUUCAGAAUAUGCAUCAAAAUGUGUCACUUUCACAAAUUUGUCAUUGUCAAUAUUGCUCAUUUCAUCUUCCAAUGAUUCUUAUCAUUGUAACCCUUUGGACUACCACACUUCAGAAGAAGAAGAAACAAAGAGUUUUGGAGAUGAAUUCGUACCAAUCCUCAACAAUAUAAACAAUGUAGACGAUGUAGAAGAAGCAAUUGAGAAUGCAGAAGAAGUAAUUGAUAAUGCAGAAGAAGCAAUUGAGAUUGUAGAAGAAGCAAUUGAGAAUGCAGAAGAACCAAUUGAUAAUGCAGAAUAUCAAGUGGUUCCUGGAAAGAGAAAUUCAGGUUUCAAGAAAACAAAGUUAGUUGAAAUGGUUAAUGAAGAGGAUAUGAAUGUGAAAACAAGAAAGCCAAGACAAGUAGCUAUUACAAGAUCAAAUUGCAAGGCAUGCAUAAGAGCAAAAGUGAAUAAAGAAGGAAAGUUUGAGGUAGUGGCUCAUGUUAUUCAGCAUAACCAUGAGCUAACAAGGUCACAGUGGCAUUAUUUGCAUCGUUCUGAAAGAAAAAUGACAGAAGAAAAAGCUGAAGCAAUAAAAACAAUGAAAUCUUCAGGUCUAACUACAAUGGACACUUACAAUAACAUGGCUACAGAGGCUGGAGGAGAACAGAAUAUAGGUCAUAGUGUUGUUGAUCAUCUGAAUUUUUGCUCAAGGUUAAGAAUGGAACAAAUUGAGGCUGGAGAAGCUCAAACUUUAGUGAACAUUUUAAAUCAGGAACAAUCAAAGGAUCCAAACUUCUUUUUUAGAGUUAAGUUUGGCAAGGAUGGAAGAAUUUCCAAUAUCUUUUGGAGAGUAUCAAUGAUGCUAGAAGACUAUAGGAUAUAUGGAGAUAUGCUUGUCUUUGAUACAACAUACGGAACCAACAGAUAUAAUCUUAUAUGUGCUCCAUUUGUUGGAAUAAAUAAUCCCUGGCAUAAUUGUAUGUUUGCAUGUUCUUUUAUUGGGGAUGAAAAAACAGAUUCAUUCGUUUGGCUACUAGAAACAUUCUUGAAAGCUAUGGAGAAUAAAAAACCAACUUCAAUAUUCACUGAUCAGGACUAA